UGGUUCACUUCCCAGUUGGCCGCAAUGGCCAGAGCUGAGCCAAUCCAAAGCCAGGAGCCAGGAGCUUCUUCCGGGUCUUCCACACAGGUGCAGGGGCCCAAGCACUUGGGCCAUCUUCCACUGCUUUCCCAGGCCAUAGCAGAGAGCUGGAUAAGAAGAGGGGCUUCCAGGACUCGAACCUGCACCCAUAUGGGAUGCCGGCACUGCAAGUGGCGCCUCUACCCGCUAUGCCAGGGCACAAGCCCCUUUCACCGCCUUUCAUGCAAAGCGUGUUUCUUAAGCAUGUUAGGAUCCUCAAAGUUCACCACUCAAGCCCUUCUGGGGGAAAUGAGAACUUCAGGAGGUCCCGAGGCUAGGAGUCCAACAAAAUAAAUUCUCUCCCAUCACAAUUUCACUAUAAAAUCCGCUGAUGUAACACUCACCCACACCCACAUCACAAACCAGAGUGACAUCACAAAUACUAGAGAUAAUGGCUCAAAACUGCCUGCACUGAGCCAAAAUCUAAACAAACUGCGAUUUGCCCACACAUGACUGCGGCAGAGAAAGGUGACUAGAAAUAUUCUAGCAAAGCAAAAGAGAAAGGAAAAAGAAAAUACAUAUUUCUUCCCCCUACUAAGCUAGCAAAAAUAAAAUUUAAGGCAACUGAAAUAUGCAUCCAAUCUACGUGAGACGAGACCCCAGCCUCCUCACCUAUGGGCUCCGCCAGUGUAUCUUACUGAACACGAGGUUCCAGGACUGCUAUGUGGACUCGCCAGCUCUCACCAGCAACUGGGCGAAUCAGAACAUCGACGCUCCAGCCCCAGGUACUGCCUCCUGCUGGGAAGUUGUCCAGGACCCGCUAAUUGUCAGUUCAUUCUCUUUGGUUAAGCUGGUGCUCAGGCGGCAACUGGAAGAUAAACGCUUCCCAGUACCAUGCAAGCUUGGAGAAGCAAAACCCAGGAAGAGAUUAAAGCCCAAGGACAAUUCGGUGACGAAAGUCACCCCACGGGUCAGGAUAAGAAACUCCAUCCGUUCCAGAAGCAAGCAGCCCGCAGAGCAGCUGCCAAGUUCACCAGGGUGCAGGAGGCCUGCAGGAGGCAUUGGAGAGAGUAAAGAAAGUUCAAAGCAGAAAAAGGCAGCAGUCCGCCAAGAUCUCCUGGACAGAUAUGCCGAGCAUGUGGCCGCCACCCAAGUGCUACCUCGGGACAGCAGGACAGCAGCCUGGAAGGGCUGGGCGCUGCUUCCAGAAACCCAGAGGAGGCUGCCGCCGUCGGAGGACACGCUGACCAUCCACGGCCUCCCCGCCGAGGGCUACCGGGCUCUGUACCACGCUGUGGUGGAACCCCUGCUGUGGAAUCCUUCGGGAACCCCCAAGAGGUACAGCCUGGAGCUGGGCAAGACCAUUAAGCAGAAGCUUUGGGAGGCCCUGCACGGCCAAGGCGCCGGCCCCGAAGGUGCGCAAGAGGACCUGUUGCUGGGCAGGAAGUGGCUGGGUGUCCACGAGGAGCCUGCGCCCAAGAAGUGGCCCAAGUUAAAGUGCAAAAAAUAGGCACUCCUGGGAUUAGGGUGUUCUCUGGGAGUUGUCUGAAAAAUAAACCCUGCCUUUCCCCGUCCGUGCAAUUGGAGUGCUUUGCAAAUGAGACUUGGCUCCCACUCAAGACAAAGGGCCCCACCCACUGAUGAUCAGGUGAUCUUGAGGGCUGUGGGCUUGGAGUUUUGUUUUGAAAGAUGUAUUUAUUUAUUUGAAAGGCAGAGCAACAGAGAGAGAGAGACAGGGAGAGAGGGAGAGAGGGAGAGGGGGAGAGAGAGAGAAUGUGCCAUCUGCUGGUUCAUUUCCCAAAUGGCAGCAACAUCCCAGGGCUGGGCCCAGGUGGAAGCCAGGAGCCAGGAACUCAAUCCAGAUCUCCUAGGUGGGUGGCAGGGACCCAACUACUUGAGCCAUUGUCUGUUGCCUUCCAGGACACAUUAGCAGGAAGCUGGAUAGGAAGUGGAGCAGCUGGGACUCAAACGAGUGCUUCGACAUCGUGAGCAGAGGCUUACCCUGUUGCAUCGCCAUGCAGGUCCCUAGAGGUUAUUUUUCCCUACAAGGGAAGGGGCAGGUGAAACCAUGGCGUACAUCCAUGCUGUGUUCCCUGUUUUCAAACAGUGGACUAUGAGGUCCUUGGUCACUGACUGCCAUUGGCCCUAGCUCCCUCCACCCAGGGCCGAACAGCAAGCCUAUCCCACCUCCCGGGGCCUCUAGGGGGUGCUCUCCCGUGCCA